AAUGACCAAAUACCAGACCAAGUUAUCAAUAUUUCAUUACAGCUUGAAGAAACAGCUUUAAGUGAAAUCAAUCAACUUAUCAGAAGUUUGGAUAAACCAACUAAUAAUUUGAUUUCUACUCUGAAAGAAGAAUUAGAUGAACAAAAUUCUUUUGCAAAAAUAAAGAAAGACCUUAUACAAACUCUUGAACCUCAGAAAACUUCUUAA